CCAGCCCUCCCCCUCCACGCGUGCGCAGGCGUGAGAGAGCGACCGCCGGGGUCUCCAGGCUGUUUCUGACAGGUGUUCCCGGGAGUCGGGUCGCUAGCGCCAUGGGCACUGGCUGCCGCAUCGAAUGCAUAUUCUUCAGUGAGUUCCAUCCCACUCUGGGACCCAAGAUCACCUAUCAGGUCCCUGAGGACUUCAUCUCGCGAGAGCUGUUUGACACCGUGCAGGUGUACAUCAUCACCAAGCCAGAGCUGCAGAACAAGCUCAUCACAGUCACAGCCAUGGAGAAGAAACUGAUCGGCUGCCCCGUGUGCAUCGAGCACAAGAAGUACAGCCGCAACGCCUUGCUUUUCAACCUGGGCUUCGUGUGCGACGCCCAGGCCAAGACCUGUGCCCUCGAGCCCAUCGUGAAGAAGCUGGCCGGCUACCUGACCACACUGGAGCUGGAGAGCAGCUUCGUGUCCACAGAGGAGAGCAAGCAGAAGUUGGUGCCCAUCAUGACCAUCUUACUGGAGGAGCUGAACGCCUCAGGCCGUUGCACUCUGCCCAUUGAUGAAUCCAACACCAUCCACUUGAAGGUGAUUGAACAGCGGCCUGACCCUCCUGUGGCCCAGGAAUAUGAUGUGCCUGUCUUUACCAAGGACAAGGAAGAUUUCUUCAACUCCCAGUGGGACCUCACCACACAACAGAUCCUGCCCUACAUUGACGGUUUCCGCCACGUGCAGAAGAUCUCAGCAGAGGCAGACGUGGAGCUCAACUUGGUCCGCAUCGCCAUCCAGAAUCUGCUGUACUAUGGUGUUGUGACACUGGUGUCCAUUCUCCAGUACUCCAAUGUGUACUGCCCAACACCCAAGGUCCAGGACCUGGUAGAUGACAAGUCCUUGCAGGAGGCAUGUCUGUCCUAUGUGACCAAGCAAGGGCACAAGAGGGCCAGUCUCCGGGAUGUGUUCCAGCUCUACUGCAGCCUGAGCCCCGGCACUACCGUGAGAGACCUCAUCGGCCGCCACCCCCAACAACUGCAGCGUAUUGAUGAACGGAAGCUCAUCCAGUUUGGGCUGAUGAAGAACCUCAUCCGGCGACUGCAGAAGUAUCCCGUUCGGGUGUCUCGGGACGAGUGGAGCCACCCUGCCCGGCUGUACACGGGCAGCCACAGCUAUGACGAGAUCUGCUGCAAGACAGGCAUGAGCUACCACGAACUGGACGAACGGCUGGAAAAUGACCCCAACAUUAUCACCUGCUGGAAGUGAGGCUGGUGUCGACUGCACAGCGCACCAGGCGGUGGCCACUCUCCUGUUGUGUGAAGGACAGGCCGGGAGACCUAUUCAUUCUGUCUCAAGGUUGUCCUCAGUCCUGUAAAUAAAAUCAUCCAUUUCCAUUUC